CAUUCUUUUAAACCAUUAAUCACUCAGUUUCGUCGCAAGAAGAAAGACGUGGGGCAGGGCAGUCAAUUUAAACAAAGAAAACAUCAAAAUCAAAAAUAAAGAAAAAAAAGGUGUAGAAAAUGGAUAAACCAAGUGGAUCUGCUGGACGGUCACGUGGUAUACGGGCUGGUUCUGGUUUCUCGCAAGGUCAUCCUGGAGCGCGUGGUAGACGCCCACCACAAGCGGGCGCUGGCGCACCUCCGGUAUCGUCAUGGGGAAAUCCGAAUGUAGGUAGUCGAGGAACGCCAGCAGUUAGCGUUCAGCCGCAACCGGGUACCAGUACAGGAAGUUUUCAGCAACGCCCGCAGGCAUCGGCUGUUAUAGUCCGCGCCGUCGCUCAUCGUAAUGUUCCACCUAUGGAAGGCGCAAAAGGACAAUUUGUAUCAAAGGAAGACAAUCGCGGAGCGGUAAGAGAUAAACGGGUUUUAACUGAAAUGGUUCAAUCUUGGCCGAAAACUCUGGUCACUAAAUGUGGAUUUAGUGGCCGUAACGUAGUGGCACAAGAUAACUACUGUAGAGUGUUAAAAAAACCCAUAUUGUCCUUUCAUCAAUAUCGGGUGGAUUUCAGCCCAGAUGUGGACAUGGUACGCCUGCGUUUCGCUUAUUUAGCACAUCAUAAAGAUAUUUUUAGUGGUUAUAUAUUUGACGGGACCGUCCUAUUUUGUACGGUAUACUUAAGCGACAAAAUGGUCAAUGGAGUCUUGGAGUUGUUGACCAAAAAUCGGGAGGGGGAGACCAUCCUGAUCAAACUAAAACAUGUCGGGAUUGUCGAUGUCACCGACAAUUUUCGCUUAAAUCCCCAACGCCUCCUAGAACGUUUACGCAAUUUUUUUAGCCGCUUGCAAGAGAGAGAGAGCGUUGAAGUUUUUAAUUCUUGGAAUAGAGUGGUUGACAAUGCUUUAGUCGAAGUACCAGCUCGUCUUCUACCAAGUGAGCAAAUACUUUUGCAUAACUAUAAGUAUCAAGUAUUACAUUGUAACUUGUUGGCGAAACCGUACCUUGAAAAUAAUAAUAACGUUCCUGCCGGAACGUUACGAUUUUUCUUGGUAUCGCAGUCUAGGCGUCCAGGUAAGGUCUCGCCAACUAGUUACAAUGUAAUGCUUGAUACUAUGGGUCUCCCAGCUGAUAAAAUACAAAUUUUAACUUACAAAAUGACUCAUUUGUAUUAUAAAUGGUCCGGUACGUUGCGUGUGCCAGCAGUUUGCCAGUAUGCCCAUAAGUUAGCUUGCUUGGUGGCCGAAAGUAUCCAUCGUGCCCCAAAUGCCGCGUUAGACAUGCAACUCUACUUUCUCUAA